AUGCCUGGAGAGCUCAUUGUGCGAACUGAAAGUAGACAGCGACGCAGAAAUACUGGGAAGAGAUCUAGAACGGGAUGUCGAACCUGCCGGGUACGGCGCAUAAAAUGCGACGAGGCACCGGAGUCCUGUAGGAAUUGUACUUCUACGGGCCGAGCCUGCGACGGAUACGAUCUGCACCGAUUCCCCAUCAAGCGGGCAUUAUGUCUCCCAACCCUAGGAACAGGUGCUGAAGGGAUCAUGUCAUCCGAUGAAAAACGAGGGUUUUCGUACUUCCAAUACCGCCUUGUCCCCGACCUUGUUGGCUUUUUUGACUCCUGGCUCUGGCAAAAGUUGGUCCUGCAGAUGUGUCAUUCGGAUCCAGCGGUAUGUCAUGCUGUCAAUAUGGUAAGCGCGAUUCACCAAGAUGCCGAGGAAAGAGGCAUGCGACUGGCUGGAGAGGAUUUGCAGAAUUCGAAACACCGCUUUGCACUUGAGCAGGCUGCACGAUCUUUCGCACAUUUACAGAAACGUCGGGCCUCUCCCGACCCACAGUUGCGCGAAGUCGUGCUGGUGUGCUGUCUGCUAUUUGUUAUGGCAGAGCUGCUGUUGGGCGAAUUUGCCAGAGCCUUCAUACACUUACGUGGUGGGACACAUAUUCUAGAGGAGUCGCUACGCCUUGGGAUACCAGUGAUUCCGUGUCUGUCUGAAACACUCCGCGUCUUGAAUUCCCAGUCGUCACAUGUUGGGGGCUUCGAGCCAGAACCAGGCAUUCAAACUGAGGAGGAAGUUGAACGUGAUAUCGAACUGUCAGAAGACUUUGGCAAUCUGAAAGAAGCCCGACGAGGCUUCCAACGCAUCAUGUAUAGCGUGAUCCCGUUCAUUGCCACGGCUUGGAGACUUUCAGAAACAGAGAUACUAGCGAAUUACGAACCCCUGUGGACCAAACGACAGAGGCUAUUAUCCUCGCUGGAACACCUUGCAGAGCGAUUUGAACUGUUUUAUCAACAAAAAUAUGCUCAUCUUAGCAUGAAAGAGCAAACAGGAGCGGAUAUCGUGCGUCUUCAGUUGGUUGCCAAGACAAUCGUACUGAAAACGUGUCUGCUCGACGCAUACGAUCACAGAUUGCUCACAUUGGAAUACGGCAAUCUAUUAUCAGGAUACGAAACUUUCAUGGACAAAUUCCCCUGCCGUCCCACUAUUACACUCGAUUACGGACUGAGCUUCGGGCUAUUUGCUGUGGCAUCAAAAUGUCCGGACCUCGGAAUCCGUAUUCGAGCUGUUGAUGCCUUGCGCAGAUGGCCGCAUUACGAAGGCAUGAUCAAUUCCAACGCCGGGGCUGGAAUAGCGGUGGAGGCGAUCAAAUUGGAGUUGCAUACGAUGCAGCAGGAUGAUGCGGAGCGUGUGUCUUCGAUGGAUCAGGAUCCUGACGUAAGCUUUUGGGAAAUGAUCAGAAGCACGCAGAAUGGGACGCAGUGGCCAGCUGUACGUGAUGUGGAACUGCGAAUGAAAGAGACUAGGCGGUUGUGA